AUGCCUGCUGGAGGUCUCGCCAUUCUCGCGGAGUGCAUCCAGAAGGUCUGCUCGCUACAGGGUCAACGAGCUACAUCCAACACGCAAGAACAAGAGGAGCAGACGUUGGCGUUCCACGUCUAG